AAUCAAAUCGAGAUUGUUUGGUGUUUUCGCUUGGCUUGAAAAGUAAAUAAUCUACAGUUGCGGAAUACGUUUGAUAAAAAUGCUAGCCAAACGGAGAAGCCUCAUCAAUUCGGACGAAAAGCGUAAAGCGCUUCAAAAUGUGGCGUUGGCACGGGGUCGGCUGAAAGGGGCGCUGAAAACCGCCAACCAAUCGUCGGACGAUAACUCCAGCUUCGACGAUAGCGAGGAAGAGUCGCAGGUCAAGCGAAAACGCAUCGACGCACCGGCCAUUAAUCAGUCGUGCCCGUUGACGCUCUUCAACCGGUGCAUCGAUGUGGCCCGCUUCCGGGAAAAUGCCCCGCUCUAUCCGCUAUGCCGCGCAUGGGUGAAGAACAACCCGCGGGAGAAGGUUGAAGAAGCGACAAUGUCCGAACCGAGACGGCGCAUCAAGCGCGAGCACAAUCCAGAUAUCGUGAAUCAGUUCGUGAGCGGAGAGUUGCUCGAAAUAACGGAAAUGCCACGACCAGAAUCGACGCAGUUGGAGCCUUUCCUUUCGGUAAAACCGGAACCGGUCGGUGACUUUGAUAUUGACAAGUCGUCCAAAAGCAAGGAAGAGUUGAUCGAGGAGCAUCGGGAGCAGUGGAAGAAAAUUCGUGAAUCGAGUAUUGCACACAGAAAAAAGUACAACGAAGCACGGUACGGCACCAGUUUCAAGCUACUCGAAGCGUUGAAAAAGUAAAACCCUGGUCGGGUUGGGGUGGUAAUACAUAGUUCGUAACAACAGAGAGCACAGUUUAUUGUGGUAUAUUAAGAGUAAAGGCUUAAAUGUACAAUUCAAUUCAAUAAACUUAGGAAUCGAUGGAUUUCAUAAGACGUUCUA